CAUUGUUUAUUGAAAAGGAAGCGAGGAUGGCUGAGCUAUAUGUGACUUAGAUGAAUCUGAAAGAACCUAGGGUUUGCUCCAGGAAUCUGUCUUCAGGAUCUAACCAACUAAGGUCAGCUUCAGAGAGUCGAGGUGGACUGCAGGACAGUAUGUUUUUGUGGCUAACGUUUGGUCCUUUGAGGAGAUAACUGUUCACAGUACUGUGAAUUCUCAAAGAAUGUCUUCCAACAGGGGCAAUGGAGAGCACUGGAAAUCUCUGGAAUCCCUUGGGAUCAGUCGGAAAGAACUGGCCUUGGCAGAGGCAUUGCAGAUGGAGUACGAUGCCUUUUCGCAGCUGAAGCAGGAAAAGCACAGCCAUAAACAUGACAGCCAGGACAAGCCGAAUGAGACUCCUCUGAUUUCAUUUGAUGAGCCAGUCUAUGGCCAAUUAAGGAAUGACAGGAAUAAUUUUAAAUUAAUGAGGGGGCUCUCUGGUUCUGAUCCAAGCCUUAGUUAUAAUUGUACUUCUUCCACUAGUCAUGAUAAUGUAACCACUUCUAAUAGCACCUCAGGUAGAACAUCAGAUCGACAGCCACCCAGCUGGCUGAAAGGCCCAAUGGCUAAUGAUUAUGUAUACAUUUUUAGUGAGUCUGACCAUGACUUCUUUGGGGAAUUACAGGGAAAAUCCAGCAAUGGCACUUCAUGCCAAGAUGGUGACACAUCUCAGAAGGGUUCUCCCCCUCUGCCUCCUCGACCUGUGAGCAGGAACUCCAGUGAGGUACAGCAAUCUUUCAAAGGUUCUGCAACUUCCCAAAAGGGGUCUCAACCUAUUGACAUUAACCUUUUUACUUCAUCUUGUGACCAGAGUGACAGUAAGCUUGUUGAGAACAGGAUUCAUCGAGAUAGCUUUGAAGAAAUCAAUUUUGAUGACAUCAACAAAGCUAUAACCAAACUGAAUUUCAAAUCCACGUAUGAGAUGGAGCUUGCAAAAGAUUCUAUUAAGGAUAUAAUACAAGGCCAGAAUAUCUUGGAGAAAGAACAUGUACGAAAACCAGUGGCACGGAGUAAUACUUUGCCACCACAGUUGCCUCCACGUACCUACUUGUCCUCAUCAGGGACACAAACUUCGUCAUCACACAAGAAUCACAGAGCCAGCAUUGAUCCGAGCUCCUUGCGGCAGAAUAGAGUCCACAAUGGUUAUGAACUCUUUGAGGUAUCAGAAGAGAGGGAUGAAGAGGUUGCUGCAUUUUGCCACAUGUUGAACAUCCUGCGGUCUUCUUACCCUAGUACCAGCCACACCAACAUGGGUUAUGUUCAAAGCUCUGUGCUUAGUCAAAAUGAGCGUUAUGGGCAUGGCACCACUCUAAAAGUUACAGUGACAAGUGAUCGUCUUCCAGAACCUCUCACCUUCACAUGCCAUGGUGAUUCAAUAGUAGACCUCUUGAUCCAUCAGACUCUGUGUUAUACUCAUGAAGACCUUCAAAAUGUAGAUGUGAAUGACUUUGUCCUUAAGCUGUGUGGGCUGGAAGAAUUUCUACAAAAUAAGCACCCCCUGGGGGCCCAUGAAUACAUUCAGCACUGCAGGAAGUUUGAUACAGAUGUGCAGCUUCAAUUGAUGGAAAGGAAGGCCAUAAUGAAAGACCUCACUCGAACAGAUGCAGAUGAUGAGAGACUCUCAACCAUGAACCAUCACAUUCACCUCCAGGAGAGACCUGUCAAACAGACUAUCACCAGGCAAGCGUUGACCUUGCUUUUUGAUACCUUCCACAAUGAAGUGGACAGUUUUUUAUUAGCGGAGGAGGAUAAUCAGAUCAAGACAGAGAGACUGGUCCAGUCUGUUAUGGCAAUCUGCAGUGCACUGGCAGCAGUUGAAACAAAGGAAAUCACAAACGCACUGAACCAACUUCCUCCCUGCUCUUCUCGUGUGAAUUCCAAACUACAAAAGGAUCCAAGUACCCUAGCAAAGCGAGAGAAUCGAGAAAAGGCUGUUGAAGCACUGACAGCUGCCAUUUUGGAUCUGGUGGAGAUGUACUGUGCCUCUUUCAAUGCAGACUUCCAAACUGCUGUUCAUGGCGGCAGGAAACAUGCUCCUACACAGGAUGCUUGUCUUCUCACCAGUCCCCUGAGCUUCACCAUCUAUGCCACUCAUAGGAUCCCUAUUACCUGGGCCACAAGCUAUGAAGAUUUCUACUUGUCCUGUUCACUAACUCAUGGGGGAAAAGAGCUGUGCAGUCCCAUACAGACAAAACGGGUACCUUUCGUCAAGUAUCUUUUCCAUGUUAUCAUCUGGGAUCAGCUGAUUUGUUUUCCAAUUCAAAUUAACCAGUUGGCACGAGAGAGUUUGCUAACAGUGACACUAUUUGCUGUGCCUCUUCCACCACCUGGAAACUCAUCUGAUGGUAACAAGCAGCGACGUAACCCUGAAGCACUAGGAUGGGUCACAACACCUUUGUUCAACUUCAGACAUAUUCUAACAUGUGGCCGAAAGCUUCUGGGACUCUGGCCAGCAACACAAGGCAGUGGUAAUGCAGGGUCCAGUACCUCAAACUUUAGCCAGCCUGACAGUGUGAUUUUGCAGGUUGAUUUUCCCACCUCAUCCUUUGAAGUGAAGUUCACAACACCACCACCAGCAGAAUUCAGCCCAAAGUACCAGUUCAGCAGUCUGCCAGGAGAAGAUCAGAGAUCACUCAGUAAUGUUAUGCACAAGAAGUCUCAUUUCUGGCUGACAGACUCUGACAAAAAGCUGUUAUGGGAAAAACGGUACUACUGUCACUCUGAGAGAAAUUCUUUGCCCUUGGUACUUGCUAGCGCCCCCAGCUGGGAGUGGGCCUGCUUACCAGAUAUCUAUGCCUUGCUGAAACAGUGGACCUGCAUGAAUUCCCUCGACUCCCUAGGGCUCCUGCAUGCAACAUUUCCAGACCAGGAGUUAAGGCAUGUAGCAGUGCAAUGGAUGGACACAAUAACAGACACAGAACUAGUUGAUUUUCUGCCCCAGCUGGUACAGGCCCUUAAGUAUGAAUGUUACCUGGACAGCCCCUUGGUAAGGUUCCUUCUGAGACGAGCCAUGUGUGAUGUCAGGAUUGCUCAUUUCUUAUUUUGGUUACUGAAAGAUGCGCUAAAGGACUCACAAUUCAGUGUUCGUUAUCAAUACCUUCUGGCUGCCCUGCUAUGCUGCUGUGGGCAGGGACUGAGGGAGGAAUUUGAUCGACAGUCCUGGCUGGUUAACAUUUUAACCAAACUGGCACAGAAAGUACGGGAUGCACCUCCUUCCACUCGACAAGCAAUUUUGCGUGAGGGCCUGGAAGAGGUCAAGAAUUUUUUUGGUGUUAACAAGCUCUGUCGCUUGCCUCUGAGUCCUAGCCUUCUUGUGAAAGGGAUCAACGAGAGGGGCUGCUCAUACUUCAACUCGAAUGCAGUUCCUCUGAAGUUGUCAUUCAUCAAUGCCGAUCCAUUGGGAGACAAUAUCAAUGUGAUUUUUAAGUGCGGAGAUGACCUUCGACAGGACAUGCUGACCCUGCAGAUGAUUCGAAUCAUGAACAAAAUCUGGAUUCAGGAGGGGCUGGACAUGCGCAUGGUUAUGUUCCGCUGCUUUGCCACUGGCAGGGGAAGAGGAAUGGUGGAGAUGAUUCCUAAUGCGGAGACCCUGAGGAAAAUCCAGGUAGAACAUGGAGUAACUGGAUCAUUUAAAGAUCGACCUCUGGCAGACUGGCUGCAGAAAUACAACACUUCAGAUGCUGAAUAUGAGAAGGCAGUGGAAAACUUCAUCUACUCAUGUGCUGGAUGUUGUGUAGCGACUUAUGUCUUGGGGAUCUGUGACCGGCACAAUGAUAACAUCAUGUUGAAAACUAGUGGUCACAUGUUCCAUAUCGACUUUGGGAAGUUUUUGGGACAUGCUCAGAUGUUUGGAAACAUUAAACGGGACAGGGCUCCAUUUGUCUUCACCUCUGACAUGGCAUACGUCAUCAAUGGAGGAGAUAAGCCAUCUAGCCGUUUUCAUGACUUUGUAGACCUUUGCUGUCAAGCAUACAACCUCAUUAGAAAACACACCCACCUUUUCCUCAACUUGUUGGGACUAAUGCUCUCCUGUGGAAUUCCUGAGCUGUCAGAUUUGGAAGACUUAAAAUAUGUUUACGAUGCACUGAGGCCACAAGAUUCGGAGGCAGAUGCUACAACCUAUUUUACCAGGCUAAUAGAGUCUAGUCUAGGCAGUGUGGCCACAAAGCUGAACUUUUUCAUCCACAACCUGGCUCAGAUGAAAUUUACUGGUUCAAGUGACCGCUUUGUGCUCUCAUUUGCUCCAAAGAUGUACACCAUAAAGACAGACGGCAGAAUCAAGGACAUUUUCAUCUCUCGCCAUCAAAAGAUUUUCAAUCCUAACAAAGUAUAUACAUAUGUGAUAGAAGUGAAAAGAGAAGGACAGCAUGAGGUCUCAACCAUCCGACGAACUUUUGAGGAAUUCCAAGAACUCCAUAAUAAGCUGAGGCUCCUGUUUCCAUCCUCCAAACUACCAAGUUUUCCCAGCAGGUUUAUGAUUAGUCGACCUCGUGGAGAAGCAGUGGCUGACAAGAGGAAGGAAGAGCUGAAUGGUUAUGUUUGGCAUUUGAUUCAUGCUGCACCUGAAGUGGCCGAGUGUGAACUUGUAUACACAUUUUUCCAUCCUCUACCAAGAGAUGACAAGUCAAACACCAACAGCAAUAUACCAAAAUAUCCAGAUGCACCCUGUACCUUACCAGCUGGGAAGUUAGGCGGAGAGGUGAAGCUGUCCGUGUCAUACAAAAAUGACAAGCUCUUCAUUAUGGUUAUGCAUAUCAGAGGCUUGCAGCCUUUGCAAGAUGGAAAUGACCCAGACCCUUAUGUAAAAAUCUACCUGUUACCAGAUCCCCAGAAGACCAGCAAAAGGAAAACAAAAUUUGCUCGAAAAACAUGCAACCCCACUUACAACGAAAUGCUGAUUUAUGAUGGCAUUCCCAAAGGAGACCUUCAACAACGAGUCAUAUACCUGCGAGUUCUAAGUGAAGAAGCAUUUCGUGAAAACAUCCUUUUGGGAGAAACGCAUAUCAAGCUGAAAGAUCUAGACCUCACCAAAGAGAAGAUUGGCUGGUUCCAAUUGGGAUCCACAGUGUCGGGAACCUUAGCUUAAUUGUUAGUAGCUAGUGACUAACCCAGACACUGGACAUGUGUCCAGCAUCUUUAUUCAACAUUGUGAGAUGUCCUCAUGCCUUAUAUCAAGGCCAUCGACACUGGAAUACUUUUUCCAGGAAUUUUUAUUUAAUCUUGGCUAUUGUGAAGGGCCAGCUUUUUUGAGAUGGGCCUUCAUGCCAAGAUAAAGACCUUCCAAUUAGGGAAGUUAUAAGCCAUGAUCAGAUGUCACAUAGUGACAAGAAGGACUGUAACAUGGCAGACGUAUACCUUGUGUCAAGGGAAUAUGAACCAGAAUAAUAACAUUUUUUUUUUUUUUUUUUUAAGGAAGUGUUCCUUUGGGAAAGCUUACUUGACAGAUAAGCUUCAGUUCUAAGUGUUUCUUAAAGUCAUCGAGGAAUGUCCUGAGUUAAUAUCUGCUGUGUACAGUAAAGGAAAACUGUAAACCUUUCUGCAUCAUCAGAAAUGUGUAUUCAAUGUAAAGGUACACGACUCUUACAAGUCUGUAUUGCAAUGUAAUACAUUUAUUCCAUGGGGGUUCCACUGUAGCAUUCAUUAUUCCCUAAAAUUUAUUAUAGCUGUGUCCCUGUUCUUUCACUGACAGACUGAUUUCACGGUUUAAAAAACAUUGAGGAGAAGCAGGAACUCUUUGGCACUUAAGCAUGAAAAUCUUCCUUGACUGACUAAUACCAUCUAAUAAGCACCCAGAAUUUUUGGAAAUGUCUGAAGACUGUUAAAAAAGCAAGUUGACUACUAUGGUUUCUUUAACAAAAGAAUGAUAUUGACUGAUGGUAUGAGAGCAGUUGAGCAGCAGUCAUCUAGGGCAGCAUUACAUGUCUGCUGCAGCAGAGCAAGCAUUAUUACUGAUUUUCCCACUGUGAGAAGAAAAACCUGUACCGUGUUAAUUAACUGCUAGCUACAGGAGAAACACUGGAUGGUAACUUCUGAUCUAAGUAUUUUCUAAUCAACAGGUAUUUUGUUAAAUAUUUUAUAGUGCCACUUGUGACUUUUUAUUGAUAGGUACUUGUGAUAUUAGAUGUCAGAGUUUGACACAAUCUGCAGAUAUUCAUCAGGCAUUUGCAGGGGCUGUAUUGGAGUGCACUAAAAUCCACUAUAAUGCCUUGCUCAAGGAAAGGAACAAGUAAAAAUCCUACAAAGUUUAUUAAAUUGGACAGUUUCUGAAUUGUUCAGUGGCAGAUUGAUUGUGAGCUGCUUUAGAAAUGUAAGUUCAAAAUGAACAGAAAUUAUAUGCAACUGUUAUGGAAACUGGCAUUUUCAAAGAUUUCAUGCAGCUUUUUUCCUGAUCCUUUUUUAAAAUAAGGAAUGUAUUUACAAUAUUAAAACAGUAUGGCAUUUGUGUAUAAAUGUUUUAUAUAUUUGAGGGGCUUUUUGCAUUGAUCAGCAGGGCAAGUGAUAGACAAUGCAGCCAUCUUUACCAUUCAGUGUUUUACCAUCUUUUACGGUUAACACAUUUUGUACUUUAAUCAGAAAUGCUAAGGACGUGCAUUUGCUUUCUAAUUUUUUACUGGUCCAAUGAUUGUAAAGUACUUUAUGACAAUGUUAUGCAGUUUAUCAGAAUUUAUUUUGAUUCCAUUUCAAACUCACAAUUCCAUAUGCAACUGUUAAUUAUUUCCAAAAUAUACACUGUAUGUGAGGUAAGAUUAAUUUGACAGUUUUAAACCCGCCUUAGCAGUUGGACAUGCAGGUGUUUAUUUUAAACAUUAUACUUUUUAAGUGUGGUAAACAUUUUUUUCUUCUCAGUAUGAGAAACUGAAUCACAUUAAUUCUAGUUACUUGUAGAUGAACAUUUCUCUAAAAGCAAAAAGAAUCAUGCUGUUCAGCUGAAGCAAAGUUCAUCCUGCCAAUUAUAUAAGGUUGGAAUGUUCUUCUUUUGGCUUUGUGAUACUCUCACAGAUAUGUCUGUAUUUCUCUUUCUCUGUGUGUGUGUGCAUGCGUGUGUGUGUGUUUAUAUAUAUAUAUUUAUAUAUAUAUAUAUGUAUCGUUCCUCAGGAGAAAGGUAGACCUGAAAGACAUUUGAAUGAAAGUUAAAAUGUUUAAAUGUGUACAGAAUGUCUUGAAUUUUUUUCACAAUACUCUAUGUCUAGCCUUCCACUCAUGACUGUAACACUUAACAUUUGCUUGGUAGCAAACUACAGACAGUAACCCUAUCUAGUCUGCCUUUUAACUGAAUUCAGCAUUCUCCUUUCCCUGUGUCCUUAUCUCCUCCCUUCUGUACCUUUUCCAUACCAUGAAAUGGUUACUAACAAAUUAUUUUGUUAAAAUUUACAUUACCUAAAACUGGUGUAAACCUUAAAAAGGGACUGGACAACAUCCAGGUGGCAAACUCUUUAAUUAGUUGUUUUCAAGCUUUUUAGACUACUUACUCCCAUCACAGAAGUACACAGAGGUGGACGCACGUGCACACGCGUGCGCACACACACACACAUAUACAUACAUACACACACACACACACACACACACACACACACACACACACACACACACAAACCUUUCCUGAGUAAUUUUAUGAUUUAUGAUCAUGCCUUCGUAGUGGUUUAGUACAUGGCACAGUGCCCCAAAGAAAAUGAGCAAUGAAAAAUUAUUUUUGGUGCCGUCAGCAUGAUAGUUUUUGAAUUAUGUAAUUAAUAGUUUCAAAAUACAAGUGUGCAUUCUGUAUCUUGUAAUUGUAGCAAAACGUUAAAUAAGUAGAUGAUAUUGCACUGCCCUUUAUAUAAGGUGAAAUCUGCUAUUUUCUGUAACUCACACAGAACUCUCAUGGAAAGUGAUUAGGGAGUCAGACUAUUUGCGCACUUUCUGCAGAAACUGCAGUCAUAAAAAUGUAUCAUUCAGAUUCACAGAUGCACAAACUGCAUUGGAGUUUGUAAGAGGUGCAGUACUUCAGUGGUCCACAUUCAUGGCUUCAUAGCCCACGGCCUUUUUCAUUUAGAUAGUUUGUUAGAAUUAACUGUUAUUUAUUUAUUUUUUUUAGACUGAACUGCGUAGAUAAGCAGUCAUGAUACAUAUCCAUAUUUUAUACUUGUCAGAUACUGCAGCAUAUUUAAUGCCGGCUCUCUGAUGUAGUACGUAUGAGGAGUGCAUCUUCUGACCAAGAAUAAAUACUGACAUUCUUCCAAUCCACAGCACACUGUAACAAAAAGACUCACUGCCUUCUUGCUGUACUACAGGCUUGCUACUGCAUGGAUGAUGCAGCUUCUCAGUAUCCAUGGCAUAAACCCUAAAAAGAUGAUCCAGAUAGUUAAGUCCACCUGCCAUAUAAACAUCAAUUUCCCUGGUUCUUUCCAGCGUGAUGAAUCCUACUGAAGCAUUUACUUCACUGGUCUUACUUUAUGGAGUCGUAGUUCUGGCUGUCUAGAAGUAGUAUAGUAGGAACUCCCACCUACAAGUAGUGUAGUAGGACCUCCCACCUACAAGUAGUGUAGUAGGAUGUCCCACCUACAAGUAGUAUAGCAGGACGUCCCGUCCACAAGUAAUAUAGUAGAAUGUUCCAACUAGAUGUAGUAUAGUAGGACAUCCCACCCACAAGUAGUAUAGUAGGACAUCAAACCUACAAGUAGUAUAGUAGGACAUCACACCUACAAGUAGUAUAGUAGGACAUCAAACUGUAUAGUAGGACAUCACACCUACAAGUAGUAUAGUAGGACAUCACACUUACAAGUAGUAUAGUAGGACUUCCCACCUAGAAGUAGUAUAGUAGGACUUCCCACCUAGAAGUAAUCUAGUAGGAUGUCCCACCUAGGUGAUUUAGUCAGACAAAUCUGCCUGUACUCAUCUCUGUGAGCAUUACUUUUUGACAUCGAAACUUCAAAAGUAGUAAGUGGCAUGUAAGUGUUUGAUGUAUCCAUAUCAUGAUAAUACAUUGUUCACCUCCUUCUCCUUGUUAACUUCUGACCUAUUGAGUUUUUUCUACAUUCCAUUGUGAAGAUGAGUUUUGUUUUUGUAAGUCUUAGGGAGCUAGCACUGUUUUGGAUUCUAGACAGGAAAGGUUUGGUAUAAGAUGUCUCCCAUAGGUUCUGCUGUGUUUGGAGUGUACUCCCUAACAAGGGGGUCAUAAUUUCUUUCACCUUGGUCAGCAGUCACUAAGAAUCCCAGCUGCCUGAGUAAUUCCGGUACUGUCAUUCUUUCCAUGUUUUCAUGAGUACCUUCUGGCAAGGAAAUAGUGAUUACAUAUAGGAACUCGAACAGUACAGUGGUCACCUUUGCUACACCCUGUUAGUACUUGGUUCUCCGGUCCAGUUCAAUUUUCGACUGGGGUAUCUUCCAUGUGGAGUCUGAACAUCUUGCCUGUGUCCAUAUUGGCUAUGUGUUCUCCCAUAUAUCCACUGCUUGUUUUCAGAGUGGGCAGGAUUUUUGUUCUGCUGUUUUAAUUAACUGCCUGAGUACUGCAGGUUAUUUUACAGGAUUCAGAUUACAUAAAGCUCUGCUAUCUUAUCAUAGUUUUCUAUUCACAGCACUUCAAAAUUACGUCCAUAGAACUGUUCUUCAUUUACAGCAGCACUGCACACCACAUGAGAAGCAUCUAACGUGAGGAUCUAAACCAAAUUGUUUGUAGUAAAGGGAAACACAGGAACAGACCUUUGUGUUUGCACUGUUCCUUUCUCUGCUCACCCUGCAAGCUCAGGCAGUUAAUUACAACAGCAGAACAAAAAUCCUGCCCACUCUGAAAACAAGCAGUGGAUAUAUGGGCAGCCCAUUGGAGACAUCAGAAUAACUCAUGGAAGAGGUGAAGGAUACUGGAAUAACAUUCCUAAAACAAGUACCAGUAGCAUAGUACCAGAAUUCACAACUGAAAGAUGUCAUAUGGCAGUUCUUCUGAUGGUUUUGGAAUUCACUUAGGGCAGGAUCUGUACCAUGUCCAGUAAAUUAGGACAUAAAAGGGCUGGUAAGCCAAACAGAACUUACAUGCUGUCAGAAUGUAUGUUCCCAUGUGAGAUAUAUCCUGCUGUAAGAGUCAUGUUUAGUUAGAUUCAUAAAGAUACAGGAGAAUAUUUGCUUAGGUCCACAGAAAAUGAUGUGCCCAGUAAUGUAAAUUGACGAUACUCUCAGUAACAGUCUGUUAAGCCAGUGCAUCACUUUACUGGACAAUAUAAAUAAGACAGGAACUAGUUUGUUGUCCUGGUUAAACCUCACACAUUUUAUUUAUCAUCUGAGAACUACAAGCCUGUGCUUUGUAUACCUGUACAAGUAUUGCUUGACUUUCCUGAGAACAAUACACAAUUUAUUGGCAAAUAUAGCUCAAAACAGAUAUCCUGAGUACACGUGGAAUACACAGUUCCCUGUCAAAUACAGCUUAAAACUGACAGCCAGAAUAGACAUAUUCUUGCAACACAUCUCCUCAAGCUGUGAGAUUUUAUGAUUGAGUACACCAAAAUUAAAACUACAAAAGGACUUCUUUGAGGAUAGGAUUUGUCCACUCCACAUUUACUUUAUUAAUCUCACACCAAUUCCACUGCACCUUGCUGAAAGAUUCAUCAGGAAUACACAGCAAAGGAAAAAAAAUGUCUUGCUGUUUUUAUGGGAGACUGCAGUCUUGGAGAACACAACACAAAACAACAUUUGAACAGUGACUCCACUCACACAGAGCAAGCAACUUUUUCUCCAGCUGUCUUAAUGUAUGAAUUUUCAUCUAGAAAAGACAGCUGUAAUACUUAGACAUACACUGAUAAGAACAUGGCCUCCCCAUCACCCCUAUUCCAAGUGAAACACCACAUGUUUGCUGUACUUAGGAUCUAGUCAUUACCAACAUUCACUUUAUGUUUAUUAGUGAAGAAUGAGCAAUCACUCUGCAAAAUAACAUUACUCAGAUAUCAGCAUCUGUUUGCCUGUGUUAAAGAAAUUCAACCUGAACAUCAGCCAUCUUUGGCAGAGAGAAAACUUCAGUUGCUGUGUUUCAGCAGAAACUAUUUGGACAGAAUAUACAUGGCAGAACAGUACAGAAGUAACUUUGCUUCAGAGUACCACCUAACUUUAAUAAUGUGUAAUCUCACCCAAAAAUAUAAACAAAAAUGAUGUAGCCAAUGGCCACUCAGGUUUCUGAUAAUUAACUUUUAGACACCAGUCUUUAAUACUUUAAAUACUUUACCCUUUACACUAUAUAUAUAUCUCCAGUGAUUACUUCUGCAGGUUUUAGGUGAACAGUAAUUCAUUUUAUGAUGUGCUACUUCAAAAGAUUUUACAGAAAGAAAGACACUAUUUCAGUAGAUUCAAGAAUUUAAGUAAAAAAUACUAAAUUUAGUCUAGAUUUAUGAAAACAUACUGCAUGAUGGUUGGUCCUAGCCAUGAAUAGGUUGAAAUGCAUAAAGAAGCAGAAACAAUAUGUGUAUGUAUGCAUAUAUACACAAGUGUGUGUAUAUGAUGUAAGUGUGUGUGUGUGUGUGUGUGUGGUACAUUUGAGUGAAAUGCUGAAAUAGCAACAUCUGUUUGGUUGACAGAAACAGAUGGUUGACAGGUGCAUGAGAUCAACAAUCUUCUGACAAGUGAAUAUGCAUUUUUCUCUGGGAUUGACCAAUCUCAUAGGUAGUAUAUAUAAUUAACAGGGGUUGUGGGGAUCCCCCAACCCUGAAAACAAAAUAGUUUUUUUAAUUUGCGUGCUCCAUUAUUAAUCCUUGGAGCAUAUGCAGUAGCCUGUCCACAUUCUGUCAUUAGUGCUAAAGUCAGUAUUUCGUUUGUGCAAUUCAGAAAACCAUGUACGUAUAUGUAUAUAUAUAUAUAUAUAUAUAUAUAUAUAUAUAUAUAUAUAUAUAUAUAUACACACACAAACACAUAUAUGUGUAUAUCUGUUGUGUAUAUCUAUCUAUAUAUAAACAUAUACAUAAACAGCCAUGACACUUCUGCAGCAAAUACUGUACGAGCCAGAAAAGUCUCUAAAAUGGCAGAUGCAAAUAACAAUGAUAAAACAAUAAAAAUUUUUUUUUUUUGGUUGUUUACGCCAGAAUAUCCAACCUUAACAACUUCAGUUCACUUUAAAGUCAACAAUGAUACUAAGACAGGAAAAUGUUUAACUCCAACUAACAUUAGAAUUAAGCUAAGUUUUCUUUUUUGGUUACAACCAGAUGCUCAAGGACUAACAUUUUUUCUAUCAGAGGUUCUUUAUGCACGCCAUUAAAAUUGAAUAAAAAAACACAAAUAUUGUUUAAACUAAGAGACAAAUUGAAAGUACAUUUAAUUAUAAAGAGAUUUAAAAACAAACUGAUUAUAUCUUCUCUUCCACUAUUCCUGAUCUGCUUUGGUCCACGAUGACAAAUUUAUCUUUGUGGUAGUUUCUGUGACCCCUCCAAUCUUAUGAGGUGAUAGUGAGCGAAGAAAUAAGAACCAGAUCCACAAACAGCUCAUGUAUCCAUUCCCGCCAUGUACUGAAACGUAGCCCCAUACUGACUGUUUGGCAUUUACUUCACACCACUCUCACUGCAUUAUUGCACUCUGGUGGACUUCACCACAACUCCUUUUUUUGGGAAACACCAUUGUAGCUUGUUGUACAGGGAACAUAUUUUCUUGGAAAUAAAUAUCACUGUGGUGAUAGCUUCUUUAGUCCUUAUUUAUGUAUAUAUUUUUUUAAACUGACACAGUCAGUGUCAGCAUGUCAUAUGAAAGCUUAAUUAUUUGCAUUUGAAAUGAGCUUGCCUGUUAAAGUCUGCUGUGCAGCUAUGGACAUGAUGCAAGUCAAACACAGGAAGCAGCGUAAUGUAUGGAUUUUUUUCUAACUUGCUGCAAAAGGAUUAUUUAUCUUUGCGCUUCAGUUUAUAAUUUCAUCUCUGUGAAUCCAGUUUGAAAGAAGCAAGAAUAUGUGCUAAACUGGCCUUGAAUGUUGACUAGAGAACAGCGAUUUCAGUGUUGUUGAAGAAUGGUAUUUGUCAUUUUGUUUUUGUACACAUAUGGAAAAAUAAAUGAUUAUUGUGUAAUA